CUAGUCGGCUGUCCCACCAAGAUCAAGCCCGAGGGCGAUCAGACGCCUCGGAUUUGUCCUCGUUGCCAUAAUGCCUCCGUUCUUUCGGCGAAGUCUCGCACAUGGUUCGAGGUGUGCUUCGUCCCGCUCAUCCCUAUGCGUGCCUCGCAUGUUUGGAUCUGCGGCAUCUGUCAAUGGACCGUUCCUCUGCAACAGGGCCACGGGAUCCCAGGGCCGUCAAGCCCUUGGGCACAGGCCCAGGGCCCCUUCCAACCAGGCUAUCAGCCUGCCUACUUCCCUAACCAGCAGAAGUAG